GCCACAGUCCUGCCAAGGUGUCAGUCAUUCCUGUGGUGAACUGUGAGCUGUGUGUUUCUCUGUGUCACAUAUCUCACGUACCGACCAACAUGAUGAUGAUGCACCCCCCACCCGAGAUGCUGCCUGCCCCGGACCACGAUGUUCCCCUCCCCAAGAAGUCGGACCGAGUCAAGCGGCCCAUGAACGCCUUCAUGGUGUGGUCUCGCGGCCAGCGCCGGAAGAUCGCGGAGGACAACCCGAAGAUGCACAACUCCGAGAUCAGCAGGCGUCUGGGCGAGAUGUGGAAGGAACUGUCGGCGGAGGAGAAGAAGCCGUUCGUCGAGGAGUCGAAGCGACUGCGGGCGAAGCACAUGGAAGAACAUCCCGACUACAAGUACCGCCCGCGCCGGAAGAUGAAGAACGCCAUGAAGAACACCAAGUUCAGCAUGCCUCCUCUCCCGGGUCUGCCCAUGCAGGACUAUCUGCCACCUGGCGGCGCCAGCGGCAUGCCAGCCCCUCCACACUACCCUCCUCCCCACAGCUACAUGAACGGCUACGGCAUGAACGGCUACUACUCCUCCAUGAUGCACGACCAUCUCUCCCACCCCUACCAGCGGUACCCGCUCAUCCCACCGGGCCCACCGGCUCCAGAGUCCGGCUCACCAGACCACGAGGGUCCAGUCGACUACUCCCGAGCAGCCUACCCGUACGUCACGCAGUCCAGCUCGCCCUACCCCAUCACCUGUGUGACAGCGGCAGGAAGCGGCACCGGCAGCGAGUCGCCAAACUCCAGCCCGCCCAGCCCCAGUGACACUUCGUCCGCAGCCUACACGGCACCUACACCGUCGUACGUGGCGUCCGCGACAGCAGCGAGCUACGGAGGCGGUUCUUACGGCAGCCCCUACACCGGACUGCCCGGCCUGCCUUCCCGGUCCGUGGUACCAGACAUCCCGCAUCACCGCGCGCCUUACCCCGGGGACUUGCAAGAGAUGAUUCGUAUGUACUUGCCAGCGGGAUCGGCGAGCUAGAACAUUCAUUAUAACUGUAAUUUCCACCCGUGUCAGUCAUGCUGAGUUAGAAACGGUGUUUCUCAUGAUCAUGAUAAGAAUGCUAACGUUAUAAUUACCUUAUAUUAUCUAUGGUGACUAGCCAUGUCUGCUGUAAACGUUAACGUUUUAGACGCGUACUUGACUUUUCCUUGAGUUGAUUUGACCCCCUUGCAGCCCUAGCGUUGAAAUAAUUAAUUUGUCUGACAGUCUGAUGAUUUGACAAAGUACAUAGCAUGAAUUUGUACAUAAAUAUUUGUACUUACGACGUGGAAACUUUUGACAACUUGUACCUUUUAACGUUGUAAAUAUCUAUCUGUGAAAACUGAGUUUUCGUGGUGCCCAGUUAUAACGUUACUAAGUAACCGAAUGGGCAUUAAACUGUACAGUUUGCAGUCGAAUAACGUAAACAAUUUUACAAUUUGUAAAUAGUACCUGAUCAGGACAUAGUCUUUUGUCUCAAAACGAGGAACUAAGAGGUUCUCUGUUCAAAAUAAAUGCUCGUCUGUCCUUUUCAA